AUGCUACUCUCUGAGUUUAUUGCAUUUGAAAUACUAACCUUAUCUGCAUCUAGGUUUGGGACUUCAGCCUUAGCUGCUCAAUCAGUGGCCUCCACAAUCGCAACAUUAUCGUUUCAAGUACCUUUUGGAGUAUCAGUGGCCAUUUCAACUAGGAUUGCUAAUUAUAUAGGUGCCCACGAUCUUGAAUCAGCCAGAAUUGCCAACAAAGUAGCAUAUAUGCUAGCAGUCAUUAUUGGUAUAACAAAUUUCUGUUUGCUAAUUGGAGGUCGCUCUAUUAUAGCAAAUGGUUUUACAAAUGACCAAAGGGUUAUUGCUAUAGCAGUCAAGGUUCUUACUGUCUUAGGUAUUAAUCAACUUUAUGAUUGCGCAAAUGUACUAUUUGCUGGCUGUCUUAGGGGACAAGGUAGACAAAAAUUAGGCUCUUCUCUUAAUUUAAUUGCCUAUUAUGUUAUUGCAAUACCAUUAGCUCUAAUUUUGGCAUUUAAGCUGGAUUUAGGAUUGAUUGGUUUAUGGUACGGUUUGGGCUUUGGAAUUUUACUAUUAGCAAUAAGUGAAGCAUGGUUUGUUUUCCAUUCAGAUUGGAGCGAGAUUGCAGAAAGCUCGAGUAAAAGAAAUCAAGAAUAG